CGAAAAGGUGGCUUCCUCUUGAAGCUAACCCAGAUGUCAUGAACCAGGCAUUCUCUCUCAUCCUAUUUCCUUAUCAUUGAGCGAAAUGUUUCAAUCAUGCCUUCAAUUAUGAUCGUUUGUUCAUGGAACAUUCCUCUGGGGUCUUGGCCUUCCAAUGGAAGAGGCAGAGUGUUGUGAUGUUUUUGGCUUGGAUGAAGAGCUUCUGGAAAUGGUUCCGAAGCCAGUUCUUGCUGUGCUUUUUCUUUAUCCCAUUACCGCAAAGACUGAAGAAGAAAGGUUGCAACAGGAAAAUGAAAAAAAGGAUUAUAGCAGUAAAGUGUACUUUAUGAAGCAAACCGUGGGUAAUGCUUGUGGUACGAUAGGUCUGCUUCAUGCACUUGGGAACAUAACUUCUGAAGUCAAGCUUGUUGAGGGGUCCUUUUUUGACAAGUUCUUUAAAUCUACUGCCAGCAUGGAUCCAUUGCAGCGGGCUGCCUUUCUCGAGAAUGACAGGGAGAUGGAAGUUGCUCAUUCAGUAGCAGCCACUGCUGGCGACACAGUGGCAUCAGAUAAUGUGGACACUCAUUUCAUCGCCUUUGCCUGUGUGGAUGGUCAACUGUAUGAGCUUGAUGGAAGAAAGUCAGGACCAAUAUCUCAUGGUGUAUCAUCACCAAGUACUUUGUUGAAGGAUGCAGCUAAAGUGAUCCAGAGCAUGAUCCAGAAAAAUCCAGAUUCCCUCAACUUCAAUGUCAUUGCAAUAUCAAAGAAAUCCGGGGAUGGACAUUAAGGUAGUUUAAUUUGGGUGAAGCAGCUCUUGAUGUCAUCUGCUUUAUAAUCUUCAGUAAUCUGCAGCUUUAUUCACUUUGAUUUUAUUUACGUUUUUUUUUUUUUCAUUC